GCAUCAGAGAGAUCAACUUGAGGUAGUUUAUGUCACUGUUGAGCGUCACAGGAAGUUGCAGCUAAGCCGCAUGUAUAAAAGCCAGGCAGGAAGCUUCCUCUCUUCAGUGAGCCCACGCGAUAAACAGCUGCGCAAACACAGCAGUCUUCGUGGUAACUGAUUAGAGCAAGGAACACACUGAUUGAGCAGCGUGCCUGAGUAGGAACUUGAGCUUAUACAUGUACUACACGUUACCCAAGCAACAUUGGAUGUGCUGAAGGCAGAAGAGCAUUUUUCACUGGGAAGACUUGGAUUUUAUUUGUUAUCGUGAAAGGAGUCUAACUAAUUGAGCGGAAUAUAUUUUCUGGAGGGACAUAUUUCAUCCAAGAAUUGAAAAAGGUGAGAAUAUGCUUUUCUUUCUUACCAUUUCCCCCCUUUUGUUCCAGGACUUCACUUUCACAACGAGGAAAUUAUGCUUAAAUUGCCUUUGAAUUUUUGUCACUGAGUGAUGAUCAUGCACUGCAAAGAAAUGGAGUAGUUAGUUACAGUGUUUUAGUUUGAGAUAUGUUCCUGCCUUGCUGCUACCACAGAAGUAAAAUCUCAUCUCACUUUGCAUUUGAGAAACUGACCAUAGUUCUCACAUAAGUAUUGCAUUGGAAAUUUAACACAGGAUAUCAUACCUCUUGUUGUGGUUAGGCGCUUUCCUGUAUUCUGGUUUUGUUGCCCGGAUUCAGGUGUCCUAAAACAAUAUCCUGCACCUCUAAGUAGCUUUACAGAUACCACAAUGCCAAUGCAGGAACUACAUUUGCAGUUCAAUUAUGAAUUUGUGCUACUAAAGGCGAUUUCAUAAUAACGCUAUAUUUUUUUCCCCCCUAGCAGCAGUAGACAUUUCAAAUUAGCAAGAAAACCACAGACAAUGGGGACCUGCCUCACCAGAUGCCAAUCCAACCUGACAGUCUUUGAAAACCCAGAUGAGUCAAUGGAGAGCCCAGAAACCGUGAUUGUGUCUCUUGUUGAUUACCCAUCAUUUGGAGAAACACAACUGACCAUGUGCAUUGGGGAAAGACUGGCCAUGACAUCAGACGACGGGGACUUCAUAAUGGUGAGAUCCACAACGACAGGCCGGGAGAGCUACAUCCCUAUCGAGUACACGGCCAGAGUUACUGACAGGUGGCUGUUCAAAGGCAUCAGCAGGUACAAAGCAGUGGAGCUGCUCAUGCUUCCUAAUAACCAGAAUGGAGCCUUCUUGAUUCGAGAGUCAGAGACAAGCAGAGAUUCCUACUCGCUAUCUAUCCUGAGGAGAACCAGCUCUUCGCACCAGGACUGUGUGAAGCACUACCGCAUUUCUACCCUCCCGAAUGGAUGGGUCUACAUAUCUCCAAGCCUGACUUUCUCCUCCCUGCAUUGCAUGGUGGAACACUAUUCAGAGACCGCAGAUGGAUUGUGCUGUCGGCUGGCAAUGCCUUGCUUCAUCCAGGGUUUAGACAAUGCUGAAGAGGCCCGGCCUAUUCCAAUAACGACCAGGAGGCCCACCAUCAAAUGGAAGGAAAUCAGCAGAUCGGUGAUCUUAAAGAGGAAGAGGACAGUGUCAGAUCACUCUCUGGUGAGCGAGGGGCUCAGGGAGGCUAUUUACUCCUACCUCCAAAUGACGGAGGCCGGCGAAAACAGCUGCUGGGACACUUGAGGAAAGACUUCAGAGUGAGACUCUGUAAUUCAUCGGCUGCGGCUUGGGGAUCCCACUGGAAGAGGCCGUCAACACGCCCAAGUGCAGUCUUUAGAGACUGCCCUGGAAUAGCGAGAGGGCUGAGACACUACGCUUUGUGGAGAUAUGCAGUACUGCAAACUAUAUGAGCUGGAGGACUGCUUUUGUGGAUGUGUGUCCAAAGAGGCGUACAGAGGAGCUUUGAGAAAUGUGUUCUCAUUUGGCUCCGAAACAUUGAAUGUAUCUUUUAAUUUAUAAACUAAUGUGUACUUGCAGGUUGAAUGUCAUAUUAUGUGUUAAUAUUAUUGGAAUAUGAUUGUUAUCAUGGUUGUGUUAUUGGAAUCCAAUAAAAAAUAUAUAAUUUAUGUAA